AUGACUCACUCUCUUACCGUGCACGCUUCUAUUCAUCAUUUCAAAAUGGCGGACUUCUAUCUUCGCUACUACGUCGGACACAAAGGGAAAUUUGGCCACGAGUUUUUAGAAUUCGAGUUCCGACCUGAAGGUAAAGAAAUGUUCCAAUCUUUGAGCGUUUCUCAAAUAAAUUUUCUUAAGUUCUUUUCCUGUUUUCAGGCAAACUUCGGUAUGCAAACAACUCGAACUACAAGAAUGAUGUAAUGAUUCGCAAAGAGGUAAGCUUUAGUUAAAUUCCAUGAAUUCCUUCAUUAUCACAAGAGGCUAUUAUUUACUUCAAAGGAAACAUCGAUUCGUAGCUAUAUUUGCUAAAUUACUUAAUCUUGAUCUUAAAAGGAGUAGCUUAGCUGUCUUUGUUUUUGCCUUGUACUUGUAAUUUUGGCCAAAGAAAAUAAUCUAUUCAUAAUUGUGUUUUUCAAACGAUCAUUCAUAUAUCGAGAAUAAAUUAAAUUCUUGUCUUAUAUAAUUUUGGAAAAGUGCUUUUUGAAAUACCAGAAAGAAAUAUUUGUCUCUCUGAUCAUGAUAAGCGAUAAUUUCACAGUGACAGGAUAUCCUUGAGAAUGCAAGCUUUCAAAUUAAUCCUUUGAUCUCAGAGUCUCAUUUACCACUUUGCUUCUUUCCCCCUCUAGCCUUGAUAUCUUUUUGGCACAUACAGUGGCGGAUUUUGUAACAUCAGGGAGGGGGCUCGUUGUACACAAAUCUAAUGCCUUCUACAUGAUCGUUUUGGCACAAGCAAUCAUUUCUGCAUUGCUAAGUUUUCUGUGAUUGAUUUUUGACAAUGUAUAAGAAGGCAGUUGUUCAAAACAAGUUCUACAACACAUUAUUUCACCAAGUUCAAUCCUAGCUUAAGAAUUUGUGUCAAGAUCGUUAGACUGAUCUCAUGAAGCUCUGCCUUUCCCCUAAUUUUUGUAUUUUAGAGUUUGACUACGACCUGCCUGCAGUUUUCUCUGUUGCUUUUGUUUUCACUGCUUGAUCAAAUGUCUAAUAUCUAGGGAAAAACCUGUAGGAAAGACAGGAGUCCUUGAGCGUUCAGAAUACCAAGCUUUGUAAUAAUAAUAUUAUACCAAAGGAUAUAGAUCAGCCUAAAAUGUGUGAUUUUAUGAACUUGUGUAAGGCUAAGCAAUGUUGAAAGUAACCAACGUGAAUGAAAAAAAAUCCAGUUAGGUGGCAGAUUGCUUACUAGGCUGAUAACAUCUUUGUUCAAAACCAAGAUUGUUCUUUUUUUACCACUUUCCCUCUAGUUAUCAUCAAUAAAAUAUUUGUUUUCGUCUUAGGCAUUUGUACACAAAGCUGUUAUGGAUGAACUUAAAAGGAUAAUUGAAGACAGUGAGGUUUGUAUUUCUGUUUAAUUUUCCACUUGAUGGCCUCCCUAAUGAUGAUUGUUACCAUCUUUCCUUUGUAAUAAAUUUUAUCAGUUGGUCUGCUACAGAUACUCUAAUAUAUUUAUGAUGAGUUUGUAUUCUUCUGCAUCUCCCAAAUACAGAUACUGAAAGAAGAUGACACCCUUUGGCCACAGCCAGACCGAGUUGGGAGACAGGUAGGAUUUUUUUUGUAAUGGAAAGUAAGAGAUAUUUUAAUUAAAAUAACUCCAACAUCAAUGUUUGUCUCUAUUCCAUACCAAAAUUUUCUAAUUUAUCUGCAGGAACUUGAAAUAGUGAUGGAUAAUCAGCAUAUUUCAUUUACAACUUCCAAGAUUGGGUCUCUUGUUGAUGUCAACCAGUGCAAGUAUGUGCUUUCAUUUUUAUAUAAACAGACUUCAUUAUCUACCCUGCAAAAAGGGUAACACUGAUGCCCAAAACGUCAGUUUUUGAAACACUUUGAAGUGACCAAAUUAUCUUGUAGUUAUAAAUGCAAUGUGUUUUGUUGAGGCAAUGGAGUGUUUGUUUUCUUUUGAUUUCAUGAUUUUAAAGGAAUUAAACAAUGUUUGUGCCAAAUAUCGGCUUAAAAAUUACACGGGCAAUAAAGAAAGAUGUUUUUCGUCUUAUCAUGAGUACUGGACAAAGGAGUCCCCAUGAGGAAUCAAACCUCAGACCUUUGGAUUUUGCACUCUGAUGCUCUGCCACUGAGCAACAGAGACUCUAUGGUGAGCGAGGCCCAUUAUGAAGUUCAUAUCUGAAAUGCAUCGUGCAUACUGCAAGGAUCAGCAAUGUCGAUAGUGUCAUGUUUGUAAAUAGAAUAAGGGAGAUGGCAAGUUUUGAGCUUGGUAAAGAAAUAAAGAAAGAUGUUUUUCGUCUUGUCAUGAGUGUGGGACAAGGUAUGGGCAAUAUUCUGUACUAUCAUGGGUUUACAAAUCAGAAAAAUAUUAUUUGGAAUAUGAAGCUUAAGUGGGAAAUAAUAAGUACAAUUAUUUUGGUCAUGUAAAAUAGAGAUGUUUGGUCAAAUGAUUGACUUGCAUCUUUAGUUAUGACAUAUCAGUCUCAAAAGUUAAGAUUUAAUUUGUAGUUGUUUUGAUUUGUUGUCUCAUAGAGACCCUGAUGGCCUAAGAAGUUUUUACUACUUGGUUCAAGACCUCAAGUGUAUGGUGUUUUCUCUAAUUGGUCUCCACUUCAAAAUCAAACCAAUCUAA